AAACCAUCAUCUGUUGCUUCCUUCACUUUCCGCCUCAAUUUAGUCAUGCUUCUUUAAGUUACGAGAUCAGCUGAUUUUCACGUGCAAAACAAACAAAACAAAAACACUCAAAGUUUGUUUACGUUUGAAGAAAGCGCCGCGUCUUUGUGAAGAAAAUUGUGUUUUUAACUUAAAUAUAUUAAUAAAAUAAGGAAAAUUCAAAGUGAAAAAUGAUGCACUAUCGAAAAGGUGAAAACGUUGAAAAACCAUUGACCAAAGAUGACCUACCUUUCGAAGACUUUUUACCCAAAGGCAGUGAUUUCUUAUGGAUGCAUGUCAACGGUGGCACAAAGGUCAACAAUGUGGUGACCUAUGCCAAGAAUGCUCUCGACAAGGGCGAACACAAAAACAUUGUUUGGAGUGGUCAUGGCGGUGGGGUGGUUAAAACCAUAUCCUGUGCCGAAAUCAUUAAACGUUCAUAUCCCCUGUAUCAGGUCACCAGAAUGUGUUAUACUAGCGUCGAAGAACAUUGGAAGCCGCAAAUGGAGGGACUGGAGGAAAUCGUGGCCCAUCGACAAAUACCUUCGCUACACAUAUACAUGAGCCUGGAACCAAUCGAUGACAACGUUGCGGGGCUACAAAAACCCAAUAGUAAAACAGAUUUUUGGAUCUACGAUGCCAACAGUUCAAAUAAUCAGCAAUCGAAUGGCGGCAACUCUCAGAAUUCUCGUAGAAAUCAGAGGCCACGUAAAGAUGGCAAUCAAGAACAAAGAAGGCCCCAAAGGCCACGCCAGCAGCAAACACAGCAAUCCACAAAUAACAACAAUGAUGAACAGACAAACAACGAUGACGCUACAAAUGUCAACAAUCCCAGUGGAAGUCAGCCAAAUAAAUCCAGUAAUUCGUCGAAAAGAAGACGGCCAUAUCCUCAACAAAAUCGAGGACCCAGGCAACAAAAUCAAAAUAGCAAUGCUAACAACAAUAAAUCUGCCGAUGCCGGACAAGCCAUGGAGUCGUGAAUUUUGUUUUUUCUUAAAACUAUUUUUUGAUAAAUUAUAUGUCUUCAAGAUAAAUUAUAUGUUUCCUGUAAAGCUAUAACAAAAAAAAAGUAUUUUGUAAAAAAAUAUUAGCCAUACAAAUAAAAAAUGCGACACUUACCAGGACAUAACUUU